GAUCACAUUACUUAACGCGGCGACGCCCAUCAUUGGCUCGUUCUACUUGCAGCAGGUUGCUUAUUUCGCCGACCCGCCACCAGGUUUCAUUCUUAAACUGCGAUUAGAGGAAAUCCAUAAAUAUCCUUUCGUGCUAUUUUUGCCAUCUUCCACUUUGCAACCCUAAUCUCAACGACAUCACAAAUCAAAGCUUCUGCUCUUUGAAUCCCUCAGUAGUCUGAGCCACUAAGAAAUUGUGCUGUAGGCCGAGAUUGUGCCUGAAAAAUUAUAGAAUUUGUGCUGUAACUCGGGGUUGUGCGGAAUGGCAUCUGUAUCCAGUCAGCCUCAGUUCCGCCUCACCCAACCCCCAUCUAAGGUGCUCCACUUGAGGAACUUGCCUUGGGAGUGCACGGAGGAGGAAUUGAUUGAGCUUGGGAAGCCCUUUGGUAAAGUUGUCAACACAAAGUGCAAUGUUGGAGCAAAUAGAAACCAAGCUUUUAUAGAAUUUGCAGAUUUGAAUCAAGCUAUUGCAAUGAUAUCUUACUAUGCGUCAUCAUCAGAGCCAGCUCAAGUACGGGGGAAGACAGUCUACCUGCAGUAUUCUAAUAGGCAAGAAAUAGUCAACAACAAAACAACAGCUGAUGUUGCUGGAAAUGUACUGUUAGUAACAAUUGAAGGUCCAGAUGCUCGCCUUGUCAGCAUUGAUGUUCUGCACCUGGUAUUUUCUGCUUUUGGGUUUGUGCAUAAGAUUACUACAUUUGAGAAGACGGCUGGGUUUCAGGCAUUAGUGCAAUUUUCCGAUACAGAAACUGCCUCUUCAGCAAAAACAGCCCUGGAUGGAAGAAACAUCCCUAGGUAUCUGCUUUCUGAGCAUAUUGGACCAUGUACCCUCAGGAUCACAUAUUCUGCUCAUACAGAUUUGAGUGUAAAAUUCCAGUCUCACAGGAGCAGAGACUACACUAAUCCAAACCUUCCUGUUGCACCAUCAGCUAUAGAUGGAAGCGGUCUGUUCAGUGUGGGUCUUGAUGGGAAAAAACUAGAACCUGAGAGUAACGUUCUUCUUGCAUCAAUUGAGAACAUGCAGUAUGCUGUGACCUUGGAUGUUUUACACAUGGUUUUCUCUGCCUUUGGACCUGUGCAGAAGAUUGCGAUGUUUGAUAAGAAUGGCGGACUUCAGGCUUUGAUUCAAUACCCUGAUGUUCAGACAGCUGUUGUUGCCAAGGAAGCAUUGGAAGGACACUGCAUAUAUGAUGGAGGAUUUUGCAAACUUCAUAUCUCAUAUUCACGUCAUAAUGAUCUCAGUAUAAAGGUUAAUAAUGAUCGGAGUAGAGAUUAUACUGCCCCUAGCACUGCCAUGUUGAAUCCUCAACCUUCCAUUCUCGGGCAACAGCCUCCUCCUGUUCAUUCAGUUGGACCCCCUCCUCAUCCAUACACUGGAGGUCAGUUUGCUCCUCAUACGGAGCAUCCGGCUAUGCCACAACCUUCAGCUGGAUGGGGAGCAGGUGUUCUGGCAGGACCCCAUUCUAUGCCUGCACAGAUGAAUAAUCAUCCGUACUUGCCACCCGGAACUAUGCCACCCCAAAUGGGCCCUGGAAUGAUGCAGAUGCCAGGCCAUAGCGGCAUACCACACUCCGGUUCAAUGCCACCAUACAGACCUGGCCCAAUGCAAUAGCAUUUAGUCGAUAUUUAGUAGUUCUAAUUAUCUGUUCCAUGUGCAUCGAUCUACAAAAAUUGACUUGUCCCAUUUGAAGAAGGGGAAGAUCCGAGUCUACCCAGUCGUUCUAUGAAAGCUGAAGUGGUUUAAAUAUUGAUCUCUUUCAGCAAUUUUGGGGGUGAUAUUAUGUAAGAAAGGGGGCUUGAGCACUUUUUGCAGACCCAACCCAAUUCUGAACCUUGGUUGUACUUGGUGGUAUUGUGAAAUCUAUAAUAUUUAGAUUUUGUUUCCGUGUACUGGCUAAUCAGGCAAUUGUAUUUCAAUAUUUUCUUGAAGGGUCAGGUCAUUUUCAUUUUUCUUAAGAGAUGCAUUUGUUGCAUUUGUCGAAGUUAUGAACCUUUUUCUUUGUUAUUAAGUAUGGAACAAAGCUAUUUUUCGCCCUUUA